AUGGGGAAGGACCAGGAGCUGCUCCAGGCCGUCAAGACCGAGGACUUGCUGACAGUUCAGCGGCUCCUGCAGAGACCUCGGCCCGGGAAAGCCAAGCUCCUUGGAGCAGCCAAGCGGGUGAACGUCAACAUCCAGGAUGCAGAUGGGUUGUCGCCUCUGCAUCACGCCGCUCUGAGUGGCAACAAGGAGAUGAUCGCGUUGCUGCUGGAGGCUCAGGCAGCAGUGGACAUUAAAGACAAUAAAGGCAUGCGCCCUCUGCAUUACGCCGCCUGGCAGGGCAAGACGGAACCAUUAAAAAUGCUGCUGAAGGCGGGCUCGUCUGUCAACGGACAGUCGGACGAAGGACAGAUCCCGCUCCACCUGUCUGCUCAGCAUGGACACUACGACGGGUCUGAAAUGUUGCUGCAACACCAGUCCAACACAUGUAUCUCAGACAUGGCGGGAAAGACGCCGCUGGACCUCGCUUGUGAAUUUGGACGUGUCGCGGUGGUUCAGCUCCUCCUCAGCAGCAACAUGUGCGCCGCCAUGCUGGAGCCCAAACCCUCCGACCCCAAUGGGGUCUCGCCCCUCCAUCUGGCUGCCAAGAACGGACACAUGGACGUAAUAAGGUUGCUGAUUCAGGCUGGCAUUGACAUCAACAGGCAGUCCGAGUCUGGUACAGCUCUACAUCAGGCCGCCCUCUGUGGGAAAACGGAGGUAGUGCGACUCCUGCUUGAAAGUGGCAUAAGUGCUGGAGUGAGGAACACGCUGAGUCAGACAGCACUGGACAUCGUGAACCAGUUCACCACCACGCAGGCUAGCCGUGAGAUCAAACAACUCCUCAGAGACGCGUCAGCCGCCAUGCAGGUGCGAGCGCUGAAGGAUUACUGCAACAACUACGACCUCACCAGCCUCAACAUCAAAGCUGGAGACAUUAUCACGGUUUUAGAGCAGCACUCCGACGGUCGGUGGAAAGGUUGCAUUCACGAUAACCGCACAGGAAAUGACCGCGUGGGCUACUUCCCGUCCAACAUGGUGGAAGUCAUCAAGAGGGCAGGUCUGUCCCCCUCCCAACAGUGCCACACGCUUCUACUGCGCAGGCCCAACCCCUGUCCCGUUGGCUCGCUCAACGGACACUCGUACCCCCCCACCAAGGUUCUCCCCCUGCACCUGCCCUCCCCUCCUACCCCUCACUCAAACGCACAAUCCCUCCCUCGCUUCUCCUCGUUCGGGUACGUGCCUUUUCCCAUCUCUCCACCUUCUCUCUCCACUCCUCCUCCGCCUCCUCUUUCUACUCCUCCUCCUCUCUCCACUUCUCAGGAGCAGCAAAGUCAGACAGGUUCGCGGACCACCGAGUUGAGUCCUCAGGGCUCUCCUACUUUGGGCCAGCAGAGCAGCACCAGCGAGGACAUCUGGGUACUCCGCAAACCGCUUGCAGGGGGCGAACGCAGUGGCAGCGUGGGCAGCCUCGGAAGCGCCCGGUCAUCAAGCAGCCUUCAAGGCUCGGGCAACACGCACGUAUUGACCACACCCGCGCCCAGUCCUCAUCCAGCACCGACGCCGGGAGUCAACACGCACGGCCUUAACGCUCCGGGUCUAAAUGCACAAGCGGAGGGCGUUAAGCUCCUGGCAACCGUCCUUUCCCAGUCAGUAAAAGCCAAGGAGCAUCUAUUGGAGCAGUCGCAGUCCAUUGAGCAAUCAGCAGGUUCUUCCACCUCCAUGGCUCACGAGCAGCGGCCGUUCGAGCGCAAGACGGAGGAGGACGAUGGGAGAAAGCAGGCAGUAGUGGCGUGGCUGGGUGAAUUUCAGCUGCAGUUCUACACCACCCACUUCCUCACAGCGGGAUACGAUCUAGACACCGUUAGCCGCAUGACCCCCGAGGACAUGACGGCGAUCGGGGUCAUGAAGCCUGGACAUCGGAAGAAGUUAAUGUCAGAGAUCAGCAAGCUGCCCUCCACCGAUUGGCUACCAGACCGCAAGCCCGCCAAUCUGGCAGACUUCCUUUCUCACUUGGGACUCAGUCAGUACUACCAGGUCCUGGUGCAGAACGGUUACGAAAACAUCGACUUCAUCUCUGACAUCAGUCUGGAGGAUCUUCAAGAGAUUGGUAUUUCCAAACUUGGCCAUCAGAAGAAGCUGAUGUUAGGAGUAAGGAGACUGAAAGAAUUACAGAGAGGAGGAGUUGGUACGGAAGUUCAAGAGAGUACUGCUACACCUCCAUCAAGCCCCAGCGGCAGCGUCUCGGAGCCCCGCGCAGAGGCGAGGAAACAGCGGGAGGGUGGUCCCAGCCCGUUGGCGAAACCACGCCCGAGUGUCUCUCAUUCCCCAAAUACCCCGCACACGCCAGCACAAACCCCGCCACAAACCCCCACGCAUACUCGAAACCAGCAGGCCUCUCCCAGGGCUCGGCCGCGACCUUCCACCCAGCAGGCGACCAAGGCGGAUUCGCCCGUACCGACGCUGCGGCUGCCGAGCGAAGAGGAGGAGCGACGGAGAACUAACAGUCUGAUCGGCCCCGAAACAGACUCGCGUUACGCCACCGUGUGCCGUAGCAGCUCCGAGCGCACCCCAGUCGUCGCCAACGAUGUGACCGUCAACCGCAGCCAGUCGUCGGUCACGCUCCGUCCUCGCCGGAAGGGUCGGCCCCCGACGCCUCCGAAACGGUCCUGUUUGUCCAUCACCGGGGGCGACGGAGAGGGAGAAGCACAAGUGGAGGGGCUCCUCGGACUGCCCACGUUUCGAGAGAGGCGAGCCAGCGACUGCGGCCGCCUGGGGUCAGCUUUAAGGGCUCAGGAGUCAGCGGGCCUGGAGAGAUCAGAGGGGGCUUCUGGGAGCGUACGCAGUCUCGCAGCUAUGCUUGAGACGUCCAUUGUGAGUGGAGCCAAAACCCUACCAAGAAAUCUGGGAAGCAGCGCCAACAACCUGCAGGUCAGCCCUCCCACACUCCGACGCCAGGCCGGCUCAGGCGGUCUCGGAUCGGAGGAUGACGACGUCCUGAAUCGACGCAGGACCGUCAGCGGACCCGAGGAGGCUCCUCGGCAACGUCCAGAACCACGACCCCGAUCUACCGUCGUCUCCUCUGCCACGGAGAUCUCAGAUGGCUCGGCGACACUCCGAAGGAAACCUCGCCCUCCUUCGACUGACCCCGAAGCGCCCGCGACUCCCACGGUCGUCACCAUGACGACCGGCUCUGACACCUUACGUCGGAGGCAGCGCGUAGCCGAGCCAUCGGAAGGCGUUGUCCAGACAAGAAAUAAACAAACAGACUCUUCCAAAAGUCCGGGUGAAGGCAGCCGGCAGCAGAACGGCGGCGUGGUGCUGAGGCGGAGACCUGUAUCGGAGGCAUCUGAGAGGUCAGAGAAGACUCAAGAGAGCUGUGAGUGGAUGGAGGCCAGGAAGAGUCUGAAACCACCGGUCUCACCCAAACCUUCCUCGGUGGCGCUGAGGAAAACGACAGCUGAUCCUCCGACCCCGACACGACGGGUCCCCAUUCCUGGUCCUGAUAGUGCUGACGUGGCACAGAGUCCUGAAUCAAAGCGUGUUCCUCCUCCUGUAUCGCCUAAACCUCGCGGUCCACCAACAGCGCCCAAACCAGCCAAAGCUGCAGUCGCCUCUUCUGCUGUCAGCCCAGCAGCCACUAGUCCCGCGGCUCCAAAGCCCUCCCCGCUGCCCUCUGCCGCCCCUCUUCCCGCUCCCGACACCCCUUCCGGCCCUUCCCUCUCACCGGGACUCCCGCUUACGUCGCCUUCGCCUGCCCAGAGCCCAUCUACGCCGUCUCCUCACCCCGUCAAACCACCGCGCUCAUCCAUCGCCGGCCUCUCCAUCGACCUGGUAGGAUUGCAGGAGGAGGAGGAGAAGAGGAAGGAGAGAGAGCAGAAGAAGCAAGCGGAGGAAGAGGAGAGGACGUCGACAAAGGGGGAAGGAGGCGCAGAAGAAGAAGGGGCGCAGAAUCGUCUGGAGGAGACCAGCGCCUCUUUAGCUGCAGCUUUACAGGCUGUGGAACACAAAAUGCAAGGGGAUGAAGAACAAAAUGACAAGAAGACAACCGUCUCCAUACUGGACGACAUCGGCAGCAUGUUUGACGACUUGGCCGACCAGCUGGACGCCAUGCUUGACUGA